AACGAAGUGGUGGGUUUUGCAGGAAAGGCUCGUCAGUCCAAGCCCACGGCAACAAAACCCACGCCCCCCUCCCAAGUGGCCGACCCGUAGGGGAUCUGGGAAGCAAGAGGCGCGCGGCUUCCAAACCCAAAAAACAAUUCGCCCUAAACAGAGCGCCACUCUCUCUUCCUCUCAGUCUGUCACCGCCACAGGCAGGUCUCUCUUUUAUUCUAAGAGGUGGACUUCACCUUUUCAGCAGCUGUUUUUUAGAGGCGCCCAUUUCGAUUUUCCUAACAAGGCGUCGAUUAUAGAAGACACCCAGGAGCAUGGGCUCAUCAAAUAUCAGAGAUUUGUUGACAUCAUUUAGUCCUUCUUUGGACUUCCUUGCUCUAAGCUCUGGAGAUGGUCGAAUUAAAAUUUGGGACACAUUGAGGGGUCAGAUCCAGACUGAAUUUGCAGACAUCACAACAACCGAUGACUCAAAUAUAUUAACGAGACCCGAAAGAGGACAUCUCUCAGUUGAUUAUAAAUGCAUGAAGUGGUUAUCUUUGGAGAGAAAGAGGAAAAGGAAGCUUGGGUCCUCAUUAUUAGUCUUAGGAACAGGUAGUGGUGAUGUUUUAGCACUUGAUGUCUCUGCUGGUCAAUUGAAAUGGAGGGUUAAUGACUGCCAUCCUGGGGGUGUUAGUGCCAUUUCAUCUUCUACACAUGGUUCAUUCAUUUACACUGCAGGGGCUGAUGGUAUGAUAUGUGAAAUAGAUUCUCUGUCAGGAAACUUGUUGCAGAAGUUCAGAGCUUCUACGAAGGCAAUAUCCUGUAUGUCUGUUUCGUCAGAUGGGAAGAUAUUAGCUACUGCAGCAGCACAGUUGAAGAUUUUUAGCGGUUCUGAUCACAAAAAGAUUCAGAAGUUUUCUGGGCAUCCUGGAGCUGUUCGCUGUAUGACUUUUACUGAAGAUGGGAAGUACAUCCUCUCCUCUGCUGUGGGUGAAAGAUAUGUAGCAGUAUGGAGGAUAAGUGGCAGCAAAAAGCAGUCAGCAAGCUGUGUUCUUUCAAUGGAGCACCCUGCUGUCUUUCUUGAUAGCAGGUGCAUUGAUAGUGGGGAAGUUGAUGAUUCAGGUCUAUGUGUUUUGGCUAUUUCAGAAAUUGGCGUCUGUUAUCUUUGGUUUGGACAGAACAUUGAGGAAUUACACAACACCAAGCCCACGAAAGUCUUGUUAUCUUUUGAGGACAUUCCUUCUAUAAGUCACAAGGUUACAUUACCUACAAUAUUUGCUGCAAAAUUACAAGGAAUUACCGGACCUAUGUCUGGGCAGGUCUUUGUUGCUUAUGGAUCGCUAGUAAAGCCAUCAUUUCAGAAAAUUUUAGUGCAUUCUGGCGCAGUUGUAAAGUUAAGUAUCUCCAACGAUGGGGUUCUUCUACCAAUGAGUCAAUCUCGUGUCAAAUCUAAGAAAGGACUUGAUUUACAAAAUGGAGUUACUGCAUUAGACCGUGCAAAUGCGGAGGAUGCCUUACUUCCAAUUCCAAAAGUUUUUGAUUCUAAUGAGGAAAAGAAAACCUAUAAAGAAACGAGUGUUGGUGCUGAUGAGGUAAUGGCUGAUUUGGGAGAUAGCAGGAGUCAAGCUGAGUCUGUGGAGGGGAAAGAUGACAUGGUAGAUCUAGAAGUUGACACUGAAACAUCUUGCCUGGAGGACCGGCUGAGAUCAUUAGGGAUACUGAGUAGUGGAGAUGAUCUGACAUUAGAGUUGACAGUUAAUUCUGUUAUCAAGGGUAUUGAUCUUGAAGCUGAUAUACCACAAAAGAAGAUAAGGGCAUCUGUUAUAUCUAUGGCACCUAGUGAUGCAUACAAGUUACUACGAGUCUUGGUGGCCAAGUGGCAAUCAAGGACAUGCAGUGGAAAGUAUGUUCUUCUAUGGAUAUAUCAUAUAUUUUUGAAUCACGGUCAUCAUGUUAUGUCUCAGGAACCAACAACCCAGAUGCUUAACUCCUUAUCCAAGAUUUCCAAAUCCAGAGGUGCUGCCAUCCAACCUUUAUUACAAUUAUCGGGUCGUUUGCAACUUGUGAUGGCACAGAUUGACAAGGCUUCACGGAACAAAACUCAAAUUUUGGUGCCUGAUGAUCAAACCAGUGAAAGUGAGGAUGAGGAUGAGGAUGUUGAUGAAAUUCUUUAUGGAGAAGAAGAUGAUGAAUCUGAAUUAAGCAGUGAUGACAAUAACUAGGUGCAUUUUACCAUAAGAGGACUGAAAUCUAUGGAUGAGAAACUAUUUCAUUCUGUUGCAUGGGUUGUGCUUUCUAGCGGCUUCAAAAGAAUCAAGACUGAGAGGCUUAACAUGGUGCAGGAUGUACAUGAAUUUUCUCCAGGUUGUUUUCUGACGGUGCUGUAAGUAACUGUGGCUUCAACCUUUCCACAGUCGGGCUGUGUAUUGCCUUGUCUUAUCUCCUAGAAUUUUGUUUUCAUCUAGUUUUCCUCUUUGCUUGUGGGAGGGUAUUUGGGUUUUGUUCAGACGUCAAUCCAAUGUUUGGUCUUUUUAUUCUUUGCUACUUUGGAGAUGGACGUCUUCUGUUGAUUCGUGACAGUGAAGUAAGACAGUAAGACUAAGCUUAUGAGCUUAUUUUCCUAGGUUGGAGCAAGUCGAUAGGAUCUUCCUGUAAUUUUUACUGAGGACAGUUUUGUAAACAUACAUUUGUUAUAAGUUAUGAAAGGCGUAGCAAUUUUUCUGUGCUAUA